CGGGCCAGUCGCUACCUCGACCACACCCACCACCACUGACUCGCCCGCCAUGGUCAAGAUCCGCAAGAAGACGUCCAACCGCGUGCCCACCCGCAUGCGCGCCAAGAUCAAGCACAAGGUCGCAGAGUCGCACCGCAAGCAGAAGAAGCACGCAAAGACCGACCCCACCUGGAAGAGCAACAAGCCCAAGGAGCUCGGUAUCCCCAACAGCUUCCCAUACAAGGACCAGCUCCUCGCCGAGGCCCAGGCCGAGAAGGCCCGCGUCGAGGAGGAGAAGCUCCAGCGUCGCGAGGCCGCUCGCCAGGGCGGCGCAUCCGCCACCCUCGCCUCGACCGCCGCCCUCGCCGCUGCCCUCGCCGCCGACGCCGAGCGCGACGAGGACGACGACGACAUGGUCGACGACGACGACGUCGAGAAGCAGGUCCAGGACGCGUCGCUCAAGCUCCACGCCAAGAGCCUCCGCAAGGUCCUCGAGAUGAGCGACAUCGUCAUCGAGGUCCUCGACGCGCGCGACCCGGUCGGCACCCGCUGCCGCGCCGUCGAGCGCGAGCUCAAGAGCCUCGACGGCGGCCGCAAGAAGCUCGUCCUCGUCCUCAACAAGAUCGACCUCGUCCCGCCCCAGGUCGUCCAGCAGUGGCUCGCCCACUUGCGCCUCCAGGCGCCCACCAUCCCGUUCAAGUCGUCGACCCAGCAGCAGCGCAACCACCUGUCGGCCUCGUCGUCGGCCACCCCGCAGUCGGCCUCGGGCUCGUCGACCAAGCCCCUCAUGGAGCUCAUCAAGGGCUUCCGCCACCACCCGACCAACCCGGGCGAGGGCUCGACCUCGGCCGCACCCGUCAAGCAGUCGCUCACGAUCGGCCUCGUCGGCCACCCCAACGUCGGCAAGUCGUCCUUGAUCAACACGCUCAAGCGCAGCAAGGCGUGCAGCGUCGCCCCGACCCCGGGCUGGACCAAGGAGGUGCAGGAGGUCGUCCUCGAGAAGGGCGUCCGCGUCCUCGACUGCCCCGGCGUCGUCGUCGAGGCGCGCGGCGAGAUUGAGGCCGCCCUCAAGGGCAUGAUCAAGCCCGAGUCGGUCAACGACGCCAAGGGUCCUGUCGCCGCCAUCCUCGAGCGCUGCUCGCCUACGCACCUCCAGAUGCUCUACAACAUCCCGCACUUCCCGGCCAACGACACGACGGCCUUCCUCCUCGCCGUCGCUCGCGCCAAGGGCCGGCUCCGCAAGGGCGGCGUUCCCGACCUCGACGGCACGGCGCGCUCGAUCCUGCGCGACUGGGUCGCCGGCCGCAUCGCCUACUACACGGCGCCGCCGACGGCCGCUCAGACCGAGCAGCUCAAGCUCGCCGCCGCGCCCGAGGCGAGCAACGUCGGCACCGUCGCCGAGGACGACGUCGGCGGCGCGAGCCUGCACGCCGCGUUCGCGCCCGCGUUCGACCUCGGCGCCCUCUUUGGCGAGGCCGACGCCGUCGCGUUCGCUGCCGGCGGCGAGGGCACGGCGGGCAGUGGGCUCGCCGGCGGCAAGGCGGUCAAGAUGCGCGAGGGCGCCCUGGGCGUCGAGACCGACGACGCCGACGUCGGCUGGGCUGUCGAGGACGAGCAGCCGGCCGUCAUGGACGAGGACGACCUCGACCUCGGCGACCUCGUCGACGACGACGAGGCGCUCGAAGACGACGACGAGGAGCUCGAGGAGGACGACGAGAUGAGCGAGGACGAGCCUGCCCCGGCGCCGACGGGCGUCAAGGGCAAGCGCGCCGCGCCCGGUGCGUCGUCGUCGCGUGCGGCGAGCCAAAUCAUCUCGGUCGCGCCGCCGUCCAAGAAGAAGAAGCAGUCCAAGUCGGUGUCGUUCUCGUCGGCGCCGCUCGGGCCCACGGGCUCGACUCUCGCGCCGGACGCGUCGGCGCCGAGCGCGGCGACGACCAACAAGGCGCAGAUCGCCGAGGAGGCCGGCGCCGUGUCGGUCAACAAGAAGGCCAAGCGCGACGCCAAGAAGGACAAGAAGAAGCUCGCGAAGCAGUCGGCCAAGCUGCGCGACGAGGUCAAGCAGGCGACGCGCGAGUUUGGCGACGACGUCGAGCUCCCGAGCGGGCCGCGCAAGGCCCAGACGAUCAAGGGCCGCGUCACCGACUCGUACGACUUUGGCGCCUUCCUCAACCAGAAGAAGCGCGAGGCCGGCGACGACGACGUCGACAUGUGAGAGGCGGGGCGUGCGCAGGGGCGGUCUCUCGUUCUUCCUUUCUCCGGGUUGUGUGCCUUGUCUCUACUGCCUUCCUGUAACACCGUCGCAUCUUUGGACCUCUC